ACGAAAAUAGUUCGUUACUUUGUGCAUCAUUUUCAUCGCGAAACACGUCUUUUAUUCGCGUAUUUUCCCUAAUAAUCCGUUUCUCCAGUGCUUCCAAUGGUCCAUCCCCAACGGAAGACGAACCGGCAGUGAGUAGUUAUAGUUCCAAUCAUGCAUCACUCUCAGCAGCGUCAUCAAAAUUUCACCGAAAUCUACGAGCUGCUGCGGAAGCUGUGCAAGAGCUUGGCAGGCGAUCGAUAUGAAUCGGUGCUAAAAGGCGCGACCCAGUUGGUCAUCAAUACGCCCAAUUUCAUUUCCGGCGGGGGAAGCGAUGAGAGUACGAUCGUUGCCCGCAUUGGGCAGCAUUUGCGGUCUAGGAGCGCUGGGGAUUACACACUGUUUCAGGCGCUGCACGAGCAGAUGAGUGCUUAUACGGACACCAAGCGACGAGCUCAGAUUUUGGAGUUUCUGAUGUUGAUGGCCAACAGCGAGGGAUCGCAAGCGAUCAAUGGACAGUUGUUGAAUUUGAACGCCGAGCUGAGGAGCGACGUGAGUGGAGGGAGUUUGCCGGUGACGGAUGCUAGCUCUCGAUCUUCUGGAGCGGACUCCGGAAGUGGUGGGGGUUUGUCCAGUAUAUUCUCGAAGAUCGAGCUAAGGUCCAGAUCGACGGAUAAUGUUAGUUCCGGUUUGAGGAUAAUUCCGUUUAAGGGUGGGUCAUCGGUGGUACAGGAUGGCAGGAGUUCCACCACGUCCGGGGAGCUUUCCGAAGAGGAAGGCCUGGCCGCGUCGAACAACCUGCAGGAUCAGUUGAUCCAGGAUGUGAUCUACGCAUGCACGGGUAUUCAGGGCAAGUAUCUACGGAAACACGUCGUGACAGGGGAGUUCAAGUUGGAUCAUAUCAAGGGGAGGACGUUGAGCAUCGGAGACGCAGGGAUGAUCCUGCAGCUGGCUGAGGUCGGUCAUUUCCACGAUCGGGUGGUGAAGUUUACGGAUCCGAAGAGCGAUUGCUACAUGAAGGGAAACUUUGGACAGGGUUAUAUCGCGGCACUUCAAAGGGAACUAACCCAGUACUAUGGAAUGUUGGCGAUCCUGCAGGAAGAUUUGAACCGCCAGCGAAAGGAACGGACAGGAAUGGUCGGCGGGGGUGAUCGAUUGACUCUGAAGAAGUUGCGCUUGUGGUUGACUAGUCCGAUGGAACGUCUUCAGUGGCUGGCUCAGAUCUCGGAGUCAUGCAAAGAACUGAAAGGAGGCGCCCUGGCCACCAUCGUCUACGAUUACACGGCCAAUGGAGAUCCGGAAAAUCGAAGGCUUGCCAUGGAACUGCUUCGGUCAGCUUGUAUCCCAUUGCAACAGGCGUUGAUCCGUUGGUUGAUCGACGGAGAGAUCAUCGAUCCGAAUGGGGAGUUCUUCGUCGAGGAGAUCUGUGAAGUCGGAUUCGAUCAACUGUGGCAUCAGAAGUAUCGAAUCAGGAAGAGCAUGCUGCCCAGCUUCGUUAGCGAUGGGAUUGCAAGAAGAAUCUUGGUCAUCGGGAAGAGUAUCAAUUAUCUUCGGGAAGUGUGUCAGGAUAAGACCCCGGUCAAGGCCAGGAACGAUCUAAAGCAGUGUUUGGAGAACGACAUGGAUUCCAUUUUCUCGACGAUUAGCACCACCAAGCUGCACCAACUGAUCGAUAACGCUUACCUGAACACUUCCAAGCAGGUUCUGGAUAUCGUCCUGGGUCCGCACCGUCUGAUGGACCACCUACAAGCCUUAAGGAACUACUUACUCCUAGGGCAGGGCAACUUCGCCGAUAUUCUAAUGGAGAAUCUCCAAGCCGAACUGGAUCGUCCGGCCAGCGAAAUCUAUCAGCACGAUCUGUUCUCGAUUCUGGCUGCCGCCGUUCGCAACUCCUUCUCAGAGCAGGAAGAGCCCGAGGUCCUUAACUAUCUGGACGUCCACUUCCUCACUCACUACGAGGGCGAAUCCGGCUGGGAUGUAUUCGGCCUCACAUACAAGGUAUCCGGACCGCUCUCUACCAUUCUCGAGCCGUCUCUCUGCCGCUAUCAGACCUUCUUCAAGCACCUCUGGAACAUGAAGCACAUCCACUUCAUCCUUUCCCGCACCUGGAAGUGCCAAACCCUGGCCGCCAAGUCGCUCAAAUCACUCCAAUCGCUGAUCGGUCCGAUCGUCACACGAGUGCAGCUGAUCACCUCUCAGAUGAUCAACUUCGUCAACCAGAUGCAGCUCUACAUCCUGUUCGAGGUGAUCGAGUGCUCGUGGGUGCAGUUCCUGCCACGGGUCAAUCAGGCCAAGGCCCUGGACGACAUUCUGGAGGCGCACCAUCAGUUCCUGGAGGAGAUCCGGAUCGGGAUCUUCCUGGACGAGAGUUCCCAGCAGAUCAUCAACACGUUGGAACACAUCUUCGACACCGUGCGGAAGCUGGAGGAGUGGCGCGAGCGGUUCUAUCGGCUGUGCUUUACGGAGUACGAAGCGAGGAGAGCCUAUCAGGAUCAAAUCAAACAGACGGAACGCACCGGCGACUACGGCGUCACCACGGAACAGAUGCUCGAACGGGACGAGCAAGCGAAAACCUUCGAACAGCACCUGGCCACCCAUCAAACGCUCCUGCAGGACAUCGGAAACGAGUACGAGAAUCUGGUAGGGCAGUUCCUCUACCAGCUGGCCAUCUCGACGAGUGAGGCCCUCCGUCAGCUGGGGAUGCGUCUGGACUACAAUGAGUACUACAAACACCGAGAUCGGCGGCUGAACGUUCCACUGACCUUCCAGCACAUUCGCAUGAGCAUGGCGGCGAAUAGUUUCCGCUCGCGGAAGGCCGCCUCCAGCUCGAUGCUGUACUGACAUCGCCCAAGUCCGGAUGAAUGUUCCAACAAGGAACCGUCACAGGAGGCACCCGUGGCCAUACAGCGUUGUCAUUUGAACUCACUUGUUUUAAGCACCAAAACCGCAGCAACCAUUGCUGGUACGCUAAGCUACUACAAUUGUUGCGAGUUGAUGUGAGAAUGCUCUCUCUCUAGAGUGCCAAUGCGGUUGCCAAGCAUCAAGCAAUAGAGAACGCAUAGUAAGUUAAGCCAAUAGGUUCGAAUGGUUGUAGCCCUUUGAAAGGGGUUACGGGGAAGCGAGAAUCCCUACUCUAAUAUCCACUUAAAUACAGUUGCAUGUUAAACUCA